AUGUGGCUCCUAGAAAAGCUCCGCGGCUCGAUAGAUGGCAAUGGAUCUCAAUCUUCCUCAAGCGGGAACAACAGACAGAACCAGACAACCCCAGUCUCGGUCUACAGCAACAUCCUCACCCCAGACAAGAUCCCUGACUUCUUCAUUCCCCCCAAAUUGAUCUGCUGCCCCCCCGAGGCUGAGUCUCUCACUCCGGAGCCCCAGCCUCGCUCCUCCCUGCGCUCCUCUGCUUCAGACCACGCCAUCUGCAGCCAGACGCCCGGCCGGAGCAGCAAGAACCCUGGCAGCCCCCGCCUGCUCUCUCGCCUGGCAGGGGACACACGCAGCCUCCUGAAGUCUGCCAACCGCCACAUCAUCCAGAUUGAGAGUGCGGACGACCCCGCGACAGACACGGGAGACGGAGGUGACCCCAACACCAACGCAGACCCUCAGUCCCAGACAGCGAUGUCUCUGCCGUACGUCCCCAAGGCCCAGACGUCCUACGGCUUCUCCACCCUGGUGGAGUCUCCCCACACCCGCCGCAAGGAAUCCCUCUUCCACAGCGACCCCAACAGCCCCCUCACCUCCCCCAACCUUCAGAGAAGCACCCAGGGGGGGAACCACCUGGCCCCUGCAGACACCAACCCAUACCGUUACUUCAGCGGGGGGGAGAGUGACACCUGCUCCUCGGCAGAGUCCUCCCCCUUCACCUCCCCUCUCCUCUCCCGCUCUGCCUCACUACUACGCUCCAUCACCCAGGAGACUCAAGCUAAGGUGUCUCGUGCCAAGCGCACCCUGGCACGGCACAGCUCCCUCUCCACGGAUGAUUGCAGCUCAGCGGACAACAGCCCCAACCUGCAACGCCGGCGCCUGCGCUGCCCGCCCUCCCCUGCCUUCUGCAAGGGCCGCAAGGGCGGGGCCAGCGGCGCCGGGGGGGCGUCCGACCUCCAGCAGCGGGAGCACACUGUCAACCUCCACAAGGGCGGAACCCUGCGGCUCAGCACGCAUUACGACGCCGACGCGUCCCGGCUGAGGGUGCGAGUGCUGGCGGCCGAGGACCUGUACGACCGCCAGACGGACGUGAAGAGCAUCAACUGCUGCGUGUCGCUGUACCUGAACCCUGGCAAGCUGCAGAAGCAGAGGAGCACCAUCAUCAAGAACAGCAGGAACCCCGUGUUCAACGAGGACUUCUUCUUCGACGCCGUGCCUCAGGCCCAGGUCAAGAACUUGGCCAUGAAAAUGAAGGUGGUGAACAAGGGCACCAGCCUGAAGAGGAACGUGUUGCUGGGGGAGCGGGAGGUGAUGCUCAGGGAGCUGCUGCCAGGCUGCUAG